AUGGAUGGAAACCCUAGUACUCUUUCCAUCUUAUCAGAUAAGUAUGUUUUCUUAAAUCCAAAUGAAGAUCAAUUCUUAUGUAUAAAAAAUUAUUUGGAUAUAGAAUUAGAUAAUGGACAAGGUGAAUGCUUUUUGGAAUUAGGUAUUGGAGAUGGACAAUGCCCUGGACUUACUCCGCAAGAAAUGAAUCAGUCUGUGUGUACGGCUGAACGUCUUGCCGAUUCCUUAUCAUCACAUUUGAUUCAUUUGAGAGAUCGUUGGAUAACAGCUGGAUCACAAUCUUCAGCAACGACAACAACACAAUCAGGGUCAGGUGUGGACACAACAACAAGACCAUCCAGUGGUGAAAAUAGUCACAGCAGUCCACAUCGACAUACUUUAAGCAGUUCGUCUGGAGAAGGCAAAACAAAAGGAAAUUCAGUGAACAUAGAUGAUGGGAGUCAACCAAAACAAAGCAGUAAUUCGACUGAUGAUAAUAAAGAACUGUCUAGUCAAAAUACAUCAGAAACAAAUGCAACUGAUAUUACUAGUACUAGUAGUAGUAGUAGCAAUAGUAGUUCGGCGACAACGGGUUGUUUAGUUAAAGAAUAUCUUCUUCGACGGAAAACUGCUUCAGAUGAUUUUGUAGAUGUUCGUGUGGCAGUUGUAGGAAAUGUGGAUGCAGGCAAAUCUACUUUACUUGGUGUACUGACUCAUGGUGAAUUGGACAAUGGUCGUGGUUUAGCUCGUUUACGUUUAUUACGUCAUAAACAUGAAGCGGAAUCUGGACGUACUAGUUCAGUGGCACAUGAUAUAUUGGGUUUUAGUUCACUUGGUCAAGUAGUCAAUAAACCUGUACAUGGUCAUUUGAAUUGGUCUGAAAUUUGUGAAGCUUCAGCCAAAGUAAUCACAUUCAUUGAUUUAGCUGGUCAUGAACGUUAUUUAAAAACAACCAUAUUUGGUAUGACUGGUCAUGCACCAGAUUAUGUUAUGUUCAUGGUUGGUGCUAAUGCUGGUGUUAUUGGUAUGGCUAAAGAACAUUUAGGCCUGGCAUUAGCUUUAUGUGUGCCAGUAUUUGUUGUAGUUACAAAAAUUGAUAUGUGCCCACCAAAUGUACUACAUGAAACAAUGAAUUUGUUAUUUCGUAUAUUAAAAUCACCUGGUUGUCGAAAAAUUCCAGCCUUGAUAUCAUCAACGGAUGAUGUUAUUUGUUGUGCAACAAAUUUCACUUCAGAACGUAUGUGUCCAAUAUUUCCAGUUUCAAAUGUAAAUGGUACAAAUUUAGAUUUAUUAAAAUUAUUUCUUAAUUUAUUACCAUCAAGAUCUGAGCCACGAUUAAAUGAAUUAGCACAUUUUCAAAUUGAUGAAAUAUUCUCUGUACAAGGUGUUGGUACAAUUAUCUCUGGUACAUGUUUAUCUGGUAUUAUUAAAUUAAAUGAUAUUUUAUUACUUGGUCCUGAUUUAUCUGGACAAUUUAAUCCAAUUUCAAUUAAAAGUAUACAACGUAAACGUUUAUCAGUGAAUUAUGUACGUGGUGGACAAACUGCAUCAUUUGCAUUGAAAAAAUUACGACGUAAUCAAGUUCGUAAAGGUAUGGUAUUGUUAGCGCCAGAAUUGAAACCGAAAGCAUGUAUUGAAUUUAUUGCUGAAGUAUUAAUUUUACAUCAUCCUACAACUAUAUCAGUUGGUUAUCAAGCUAUGGUUCAUGCAGGUCCUGUACGUCAAACUGCAACAAUAUUAAAAUUAAAUUCACAUGAACGUUUAAGAACCGGUGAUAAAGAUAUGGUUGUAUUUCGUUUUAUUAAAUCUCCUGAAUAUUUAUACACUGGUCUACGUUUAAUAUUUCGUGAAGGUAAAACAAAAGCUGUUGGUACUGUUAAGGAACUAGUUCCAUAUUCCGCUUCAGUUCAACAAAAUCCACGUGCUAAACUACUUAAAAGAUAUGUUACUGGUAGGACAAACCAACCGAUGAAUAAUACUGGAACUGAUGAGAUAAAGACACCAAGUAAUACAUCAUCACUCCCUAAAUCAGCCGAGUAUACCAGUACUACUACUAAUACUAUUAGUCAACCGGAUACUACUGAAUUGCCUAAUAUUCCUGUUUCUGAUUUAUUAACUAGUAAUAAUCUUAAUGCAUCGGCUAAUUCAAGACAACGUAAAUAUCAUCAUCAUCGUACACGUAAAGAUAUUACUGAAUAA